AUGUAUUUAGCACGUUGCCCUAUCGCUCGAUUUUCCAGCAGUGGAGCAAUCUUUCGUAUAUCGACACCCUUAAGAUACAGCGCAAGAUGGAAACAUUCUGAUCCGAAACACUAUUUUACGGACCCAAGCACUAAUGAAGCCAAGCAACCACCCACUUUCUUCCAUGAUCAGCAUUAUAAUACCCAGCAGCAGCAGCAGCAGCAACAGCAAAUAUCCACUGAAGAUAUAGCCACUGCUGUAGGGGAAUCGUUCCGAAAACAUAAACGAAGACGUCAACGGAUCAUCUACUCUGCGUUGGUUACAGCGAUCGUUGGUGUUACAUUUGGUUACUCUAUCUGCUAUAAAGUGCUCUACAAAAAGGAGGAAAGCUUUAUCCCGCUGAUGCCUAGUCAAAAGUGGCAUAAAUUAAGUGAAUAUGACUCGCAGCGUAUUAAUAUUGAAGAAAUGAAAACUCUCGGGAAGAUAAGGUGUUUAUCCAUUCUUACCAAUCAUGAGAUGAUCAGAGAUGAGUUCGGAGUGCCAUUAAAAACAUCUAAAGGUGAAGUUCCUACUGUCAAAGCCUUUGACGUAUGGUGUGAGGAUCAGGAUCCCGGAAUUCAAGGUAUAGUAAUGCGGCCACUAGCAAGACGCCUUUCCAAAACAGAUACGUCGCGAGAGAGGGAUUACCAUCUAUGGCACACAAUACCAGGGUUUCUCCAAUGGCGAAUUGGAACUAAACCAAUUAAUAUAAAGAAUAGUUUCAAUGCAAUGCUGAAAUCUCUAGGAUUGAAUACUGGAGAUCUCUUGGAAGUUAUUAACCCGAACGCAGAGUACGGGGAAUUUAAGCAUGAGUAUCCUUUGAGAAAAGGGAACCGUUACGACGUUCUUGAAGACAGGCCUAUGCACAUUUGGUUCUUUGGAGAAAUAGACUUAUCAGAGGACGCAUUGAUUGUUUUCAAGGGAAAAUAUCAUGUUAACGUCCGGAUGGAGCAAGUUGAUCUUCUAAGAAAAGAAAAUGGACAAUUGGUUAGGUACGUCUUGUACAAACGUGAGAACGAUAAUGAGACAUGA